AUGGAGCCUGAUGUUAAUUAUACUCAUAUUGUUCUGAUUCCUAAAGUAAAGAAACCGGAAAAAAUGGCAGAUUUUAGACCGAUUAGCCUUUGUAAUGUGAUAUAUAAAAUUAUUUCAAAAGUUUUGGCAAACAGGUUAAAACUGAUCUUGCCACAGAUAAUUUCUCCUACUCAGAGUGCAUUUGUACCAGGUCGCCUUAUUACUAACACUGUGCUUGUAGCCUAUGAGACUUUGCAUGCCAUGCAUAUUCGAAGGAAGGGGAAAAAGGGGGCUUUAGCUCUUAAGUUGGAUGUAAGUAAGGCCUAUGACAGGGUGGAAUGGAGCUUUCUUAAGGGUAUGAUGAUAAAACUAGGUUUUCCGGAGGUUUGGGUGGAUAGGGUUAUGAGGUGUGUUUCUACACCUUCCUUCUCUGUUCGGAUUAAUGGAAAAGUCUAUGGCAAUGUCAUUCCUUCUAGAGGUCUUCACCAAGGAGAUCCGUUGUCUCCUUAUCUGUUUUCGAUAUGUGCUGAAGGUUUUACCUUGCUCCUUGCUAAAGCAGAAUUAGAUGGGAAGUUGCAUGGAGUGGCAGUCUAUAGAAAUGCUCCUCGUAUAACUAAUCUGCUUUUUGUUGAUGACUCUUUGAUUUUUUGUCAAGCUAAUAAAGAUGAAGUGCAGGUUGUUUCAAAUACUCUACAGCUUUAUGCUGAUGCUUCUGGCCAAUGCUUUAACCUAGAGAAGUCUUCUGCUUACUUUAGCAACAAUGUAUCUGUGGAGCAAAAAGCAUGGAUUAUUAAUAAACUGAAGGUGAAGGCUGUGGAAAGGUUUGAUUCUUAUUUGGGGCUGCCUACUUUGAUUGGACGGAGGAAAUAUGAUUUUUUUGCUUUCCUUAAGGACCGAGUUUGGAAAAAGAUGCAGGGUUGGAAGGGAAAGUUGCUUUCUAGGGCAGGGAAAGAGAUUCUGAUAAAAGCAGUGGCUCACUCUAUUCCCACCUAUACGAUGGGGGUGUUUCAAUUGCCCGGAAAAUUAUGUGAUGAGUUAGAUGCUAUGUGUGCCAGAUUUUGGACUGUUGGUUACCUAAUCAGCAAACCAAAGGAGGAUAUUGGGGAGUGGAGGGUUUCAGACUUAAUAGAUUGGCAGAUCCACCAAUGGGAUAGAGAACGAAUUCAAGCUUUAUUCCAUCAGUUUGAUGCUGAAGCUAUUCUUCAGGUUCCUUUGAGCAUGCGGGUUGUGCAAGAUUCCUUGGUAUGGUUGUUUACAAAGAAGGGCAAAUAUAGUGUAAAGUCCGGGUACCAUGUCACUAAGUUAUUGAAGAUGGCAAAGAGUUCUUCAGGAGAGACUUCAAUACAAAGAGAAAGCACUUCCUUUUGGUCACGGGUUUGGAAAGCAAGGGUCCCCAAUAAGGUAAAACUCUUUUCUUGGAGAGCAUGUCAAAAUAUAUUGCCUACACAGGAUAAUUUGGUUCGAAGAAGGGUGGUGGAGGAUGCGAGUUGUUGCUUCUGUCAUAGAGCUACGGAAACGGUAUUACAUGUGCUUUGGGAGUGUGGGGCUGCACAGGAUGUGUGGGCGAGUAGUGCUAUCAGAUUUCAAAAUUUUGGGACUAAGCAAGUGGAUUUUAGACAGUUGGUAGCUAGUCUCAUGCCGAAGCUGUCAUUGGAGAGGAACACGGUGUUGCAUGGGGGUGUCUUCCAACACCCAUCACAGUCUCACCAACGUGCAUCAGAUUAUUUGAGAGAGUUUGUUGAGGCUCAAGACCAACUAAGUGUACCUGUAUCAGUCCAUGUCCCUACAAGUCAAGCAUGGCAACCACCACAAGGAGAGUUCUUCAAGCUGAAUUUUGAUGGAGCCAGUUUUGAUAAUGGUGCGACUUCGAGCUAUGGUGCUGUUGUUCGCAAUGGGAAUAGUGAAGUUAUGGCUGCUGUAUCUGCCAAGGGUGGUGUUGUGCGGGAUGGUGAAGAAUUGGAGGUGAUGGCUUGUCGCAAAGCUUUGGAAUUUGCUAUAGAUGCUGGUUUUAUGGAGGUGAUACUAGAAGGUGAUAAUGCUCUGGUUAUGAAGACAGUUUCAAAGGCUCAACCAAACUUCUCUCGGCUUGGAUUGAUCUAUGAAGAUAUUUGGUACUUGGCUGCAGGUUUUAGAUCCAUCUCAGCUAGCUGUGUUAGGUGUAGUGCCAAUGGUGUUGCUCAUGCUUUGGCAAAAUUUGCUAGGUUAUCUGAUAAUGAUAUUUCCUCUUCCCCUUAUGCUGGUAGGGGAAGCACCAACAAGGUGGUGGAGUGGUACAACCUCUUUGUUCAUGAAACCAAGGCUUACAUCCGGGAAGUGGGCUUUAAGCCUAUCCUUAGCCUUCUGCCAGAAAAGUCUGCAAGUGCAACUUUGGUGCAAUGCCUCAUCAAGGGGUGGUGGGAUACUACACAUACCUUCCAUAUUGUUGAGUGGGAGAUGACGCAAUGGAUUGUUAGGUAUGGCCUCAUAACUCUGGGCACCAAUCCAAAUUUGAGGGAAUUCCCUCUAGUAAGGACCCAUCUUUUUGGGUUAACUGCAGAUGAGGCACUCUACUUGGCGGAGAUUGUGCGACGUCAACUGAUGGGUAGAGAUGACCUACAGAUUGUAAUGGAUCCUCUGGAGUUCACGCUUGCCCUAUGCUCCAUGACCGAUGCUGAGUACAACUUGUGGAGGAGUGACUUUCCCUACGCCGAGCAGCUCAUUGAUGGAUUGGACUAUGAGGAAUUUAACAUCACCUGCCUUAUGCCUUCCCUUACUAUUCAGACAUUUGAAUUCAAUUUGAGGUAA